AUGUCACAAGUAUCAAACCCAACCCAACCUACAUCAAGUGUAAAUGAAGUUUCAGAGACCACAUCUAUGAAAGUAGACCAAAGUGUAACACCUACCAUAACAAAUACUCUGAUGCCACUAUCACAACAAACAAUAACUACAAACCCAGUUAUUCAAGAAAGUCCUGAUCCACAUGAUUCUAACAUUACUUAUAAACAAUUAAACAAGUGGAGAUAUAGUAAUAAACCAUCUUAUAGUCAAGUUACAUUAUAA